AUGUCCGUCCAAGCUGUGGACGUCUCGGAUGAUGCUUUCCAGACUUCAAGGCUCCAACGCCCAAUCUACGCUCUGCCCCCCUCCCUCCCUCCCCCGUUCUUUCAACACUGGCCCUGGCCAACAUCUGGCCUGAGGAGGGGCUUUGAGGGGAGGAGUCAUGCUCCUCUCGCCUUCGGCUCACAGAAGAACAGGCAGGAUGAUACGACAAAGCCGUGCCAGGGAGUCUGUUUCCAAUCUCUGGCCCUUGGCCUGCUCGUGGUUUCCUGGGGGGACCGGACGGGCUCCUUCUCUGCUCUUCUUGCCUCCAGGCUGCUGGACCUGCCACCUCUGGCCGUCUCCACGGCUGCCCAAAGGCAGUUUGACCUGCAGGGCUACAGAUUUGAAGCAAAGCCGGAGCAGCUGAGGCCACCUCGUGUGGUCCGAGUGGGGCUCGUCCAGAAUCAAAUCCCUCUUCCCACAGACACGCCGGUCGCUGAACAGGUGGCUGCCCUCCAUCAGCGCAUCGAAGAGAUGGUGGAUGUGGCUGCCCUGUGUGGCGUCAACAUCGUCUGCUUCCAGGAGGUCUGGACCAUGCCUUUCGCUUUCUGCACACGGGAGAGACUUCCUUGGACCGAGUUUGCUGAAUCGGCAGAAGACGGACCGACAACCAGAUUUUGCCAGAAGCUGGCCAGGAAGCACAACAUGGUUGUCGUGUCUCCAAUCCUGGAAAGAGACGCUGCCCACGGCGAAACCCUGUGGAACACGGCGGUGGUGAUUUCCAACUCCGGCAAGGUGCUUGGAAAAAGCAGGAAGAACCACAUCCCGCGGAUUGGGGACUUCAACGAGUCGACUUACUACAUGGAAGGGAACAGAGGCCACCCGGUGUUCCAGACUCAGUUUGGGAAGAUCGCUGUAAAUAUCUGUUACGGGCGUCAUCAUCCUCUCAACUGGCUCAUGUACAGCCUGAAUGGAGCAGAAAUCAUCUUUAAUCCCUCUGCCACGAUUGGGAAACUCAGUGAGUCCAUGUGGCCCAUUGAAGCGAGAAACGCCGCCAUCGCCAACCACUGCUUCACCUGCGCCAUCAACCGCGUGGGAACGGAAGUUUACCCGAAUCCCUUCACGUCCGGAGACGGUGGUGAGGCGCAUCGUGACUUUGGUUAUUUCUACGGUUCGAGUUACGUGUCCGCUCCGGAUGGGAGUCGAACCCCCGGGCUCUCCCGCACCCAGGACGGGCUCUUGGUGGCCGAGAUGGAUCUUAACCUUUGCAGACAAGUGAGCGACACAUGGAAUUUUAAGAUGACGGGGAGAUACGAGAUGUACGCCCAGGAGCUGGCUGCCGCUGUCCAGCCAAACUUUGUCCCCAACGUCAUCAAAGAGUAAUUCUUUGCCGAGCAAGGGUGGGGUGAAGAGGAGGACGUCCUUUGGGGGCUUUCUGAACCCUUUCCCCUACACCCUGGUCCACUCGAGGACAUGGCUUCUCAAACCUCAUGGAGGGUCUCGAGUACUUUAGCUGCGAUCGAAAGAGCCACUUUAAUCACAAGACAAUGAGAUUUGGGGCUGGAUUUGAACCCCGGAUUCUCCCCACUCCACCCUACAUCACAGGGUGCUCUUGAAGUCCAAAAGCAGGAGGGAUGUUCCUCAAGAAAUGUACGUCCAGAACCCUAGCGGUAAGGAAUUAAAUUUUGGUUAUAAUCCCUUUAGAAGAAUGAUGGUUGCGUGGCUUGGAUUCCUCAGUCUUGAAGCCCAAGGCCGGCAUGUACAGGGGGUCAGCCUUUCCACACACGCAUAGACAUGGUCAACGAGAUACAAAGAGAUGGAAGGGGGAAAUUCACCAGGGGCCCCCUCCCCACGUACUCAGCCACCACCCUGUAACAGCUGGAGCAUCAGGGCCAACCGGCCACUCAGAUGCCCCAGGACUAAGACAAGUUACUUUUUCUGGACUAUCGCUCCCUGAGGUACCCCUGCCAGCCUGGAGAGUUCGGGAGUUGCAGUUGAAAAGGAGCAACCUUUCCAGCCUCUGGUGCCGUCACUUGUCCUGCUGGGACAAAAUUGUCCCUCCCUUGGCUUCCUGUCUUAGAGGAGUCCAGGUGGGGCCCAGAGGUCCACCUGAGCAGGGACUAGCUGGGCCGGCCCUGCUGUUGUCGGCAGAGGCCAGGCCUGUUGGCCCUGCAGCACAAAUAGCAAGGAAGAGAAAUGUUACGUUAAAAAAGAGCUUCUUCCCAUAGCUUUCUCAAACGGGUCAACCAACUCCCUUUUCCCCAAAGAGGAAGUAGCAGGCACUGGGCGCUUGCAAUGAACAUCUGUAAACUUUUUUUUAUUGAGUGACUUACAAAAUAUAUUUUGCAUAUAACAUUUCUCUGCCAGUAAAAUAUCCCUUUCCCUAUAAUGUACACGGA